UAUUAAGAUAUAAGUGUUGCAUUUAUUUGAUAAUCCACCCUGUAUAAUAAGGUUAUUACUUGUUAAUAUUGUUAUCACUAUUAUUGGUGUUGAUGACUACAUUAAUGGCCUGUAAUUCUCCGUUUGAACUUCCUGUGUUUGUUUGUGAUUUCAUUGCUUCCCCUCGCGUAUAAAGUUGGAUAUCACUUGCACUGCACGCAGUCUCACAUUUAGCCUCGUGCAGAGAAGAUCAGUGCAAAACGAACAACUUGUAAAGUAAGAAGAGAGAAAAAUAAAAUAACAACAUCUGCAGUGAAGACGAGCGUCAAAGCUAACUCAGAGAGAUUCAAAAUGUUUCUCCAAGAAAUUUUGGUUUUGAUCACCGUUCUAUUACCGGUUGUAUUCUCCACAGAAGAUGUUGAAACUCAGAAGAAACGAUCGGUAAAUUACUACACCGUUGAAGGUUGCUACUCCUCAUUUCCAAGCGCAGGUUUGAGAAGACGGAUGCGUGGCCAUAACUCCAACGUAAAGUGUCAAGAGAUAUGCAGAGAUAAGGGUUACAUUUUGGCGGCGACGAAAGGCGAUCAAUGUCAGUGUGGGAACAUGUACCCCAAAGGAAAAAAAUUGGCCGACAAUCGAUGCACCAGCAGAUGUCGAUCGUGGUCGCCCUGUCAUGGACCUCAAAGCUGCUGCGGUGGACCCAGUGCUUAUACCGUGAGCGUCGUUGGCAACAUUGAUGUCGCGAAACAAGUUCUUCGUAAACUAAGUCACGCAUGGCAAACAAACAGCGGGUACAGGAAGUACAUGAUCGCACAGGUUAGAAGACCACGCACUAGAAGCAACAAGGACAACUGGUGGAAAUCGUUUGACCAUAAAGGUUGGUCGCAAUGCGGGCAUGGCAGGUACAUGGCAGGAUUGUACAGGAACAAGAGAAGAAGACGAAGAGACCCAAUUUUCCUUCUUGAAGCGGCGAAGUGUGUCGAUGCGCCUGGCUACCUGUAUUCAUCACCGGGGGAUCGGUAUUGUUACAACCACAACUGGUGGAAAAGUUUCGAUCGCAAAGGUUGGUCUACCUGCAAAUACGGUUACUACAUGACCGGACUCUGGAGAAAUUCGGGAAAUAAAUUAAGCCACAUCGAAGAAGCCAAAUGCUGCCGGCCGAAGUCCCAGGUGAGACGAUGGGGACAUUGUUACAAAAAAAACGUCUGGAAAUCAUUCGAUCGCAAAGGAUGGAACAACUGUAAACGAGGAUACUACAUGGCGGGGUUAUACAGAAACUCGUGUAACAAAUUAUACUGCUUGGAAGAGUUUAAAUGCUGCAAGAUGGGAUCUUACAAUGGAAAUUCAUGGGUAAAUAAACCAGAUUUAGUGAUCAAAGUCAAAGAUAAAUCUGGACAGCUUAAACAGUGUUCAAUGAAUGCGAUGGAUAGAUCUGCUGGUAGCAACACAUACAAGUGCAAAAGUAUUUCCGAUCGCUCCAACAUUUUGGCGCUCAAUGCUUUGAAAUUCAACAUCGAAGAUAAGUCGCCACUGAACGUCGCCAAACCUGAACCAGUCAAAGGUUUUCGUCCUGUCAUAUGCUCCGCUCAUUCCAAUCCAUACAAGUGCACGAAGUGGCUCACAACAUCGGUAUCAACUUCAUCCACCUUCAAGAUCGGUUCAGGAUUCUCUUUGGCGGUAAAAGUUGGGGCAUCUGUGCAAAUCAGUGCAGAACUUUUUGGCACAGGAGCAAAAACCACCUUCACAACUGAAGUCACGGCCACAUCCUCUUUCAAUGUCGAAUCCAGCAAGACGAAUACGUACACGACAACGGAUAAGACGGAUGUUUCCAUUGAAGUGCCGAAAAACACUGAAAUCACCAUCAACCUUCUGAGAACUGUCCAGGACUUGGAGUACAAGUGGAAAGCAAUCUUCGAGUUGUUGGGAAAAUACUCUGUUAAAUGGAGAAAUGGUCAGGAAAUUUCUCAAGAUGUGACGACUGUGCUGUCUGGGUCGAAGAGACAGAUAUAUGCAUUUGGUAGGUGGAGUUAUCCAGGUACAGAUGUCUUGAGAGUGGUGAUCACUGACAAGUAUGGGAAUAAGAAGUCUGAUGGAUGUGAGCAUGAGACAGGAAAAGGAAAGCGUUGUGAUUUGUGAAGAAGAAAAUAUAUAAACAUUUUGUGAACUUAUAUUAAUACCAGAUAUUCACUCGUGUCGUUCUAAUCAAGAGAACAUGUUAGAACUUUUAAGCAAUUUUCAUUCAUCUUUCAUUCAUUCAGAAUUAGCACUACAGUUGUCACCAAAUAAGUGCGUUUUCCUUUAUUUUUGAAUAAUAAAUUUUAAUACUUGCUGUUUAAAUCAUGUCGCAAACUAAUUAACAAUCUUAUUUUGCAUCACUCGCCACUGCGCAUGCCAAAACAUUUUAGGAAACCCUUAAAAUAGCUGUAUGAUGUCGUCAGCAUUUAAUAUUUGGGAUUGUGUCUUACCACGUCUGGAUUCCACGAAUAUAGUUCUCCCUUAAGUUUUCACCAUCUCGUACCUCGGAAAACAAAAAAAAUUACUCCACACGCGAAAUUCCACCCAGUGGGAAAGAGCCACCGUCGCAUCACUAAACAUUCUUCCGUUUUUUUAUCAAGGUGACUGGAUGUUUUUCGUAAUGCCUGCUUACUUUGAUCAGCAUUUCAUUCAGAGUUUUUUGGCCCGUUGGUUGUAUGAAAGCCAGAUAUAGCGCUAUCCACCGGAUACUGAUUUUUUCAAUCGCUUAAUUAUUAAAUUUAAAAUUGCCCGUUGUUUGGUAUAACUUUGAAUAAAUCUAGUAUAUAGAAUCUAGAAUAUAGUCUUCCUAUAUUGAGGAUCCUGUCUCACAACGGCUCAAAAAUUCACUAUCCAGUGGAUAGCGCUAUCUAUAGUACAAUCGGCCCCAUGAUUACAUUACAAAAUCAUUUGCAUUCAGUGUGUGAUAAACAGUUCUGUUUUAACGCGUUCCUCGACACAAUUAAAAGUUAACUAGUUAUGCCGUUAAAAGUUAACUAGUCUUUUAUCAUCUGGUCCCUGAUCUGUAUCUUAAAUAGAUUCUUUUUAAUCCUAAACUUAUGCUAUUGGUUUUCCUUCCUCUAAUAUCCUGCUCAAGGCUAUGCGGAACAGAAGAUUG